CUUCAACAUGUGCAGGAAAGGGAAAUACGAGCAGGAGCUGAAAGAACCCCCCGCGUGGAACUUGACGUUCAGGGGGAAAGCAAGCAGAUGUCGGCACCAAAUGCGUGAAAUUGCCUGAAGCCGAAGCUGCACGCUACGCACAUCAGCCACAUCUAGGCCUGCGAGCCCCUGAGUUGGCUCGAAACUAUUUACGAAAGCUUUGACAGCGGGCGUUUUAUAGUGUUCAGCUGAACAAGCUUCAAGGGCCGAUGGCGGUGGCAGCCUUGAGGAGCGAGGGGGGCGUUUGGUGCUAUGUUGGUGGGAAUUGUAUAAAAUUGCGUGACAAUUUCGAAAGCAAGAAGGAAGGUCUGGAAAAGCAACUGACCGAUAUCCUCGGCGAAACCUGGAAGAUUGACAUCAACCCCAACGCCAUCUGGGCGUAUGCCGAAGACGACAGCUACGGCAAAGACAAUCUAGGAGCUUGCUUGCACUCCUACAUCGCCGACACAAUCUGGAACCUAAAAUACUUCCUCGAAAAGCACGGUGACCUCGGCAAGACCGAGCUCAACACCGUCGCCACCGCCCACACCCUAACCCUCGCCCUCGACACCACCGGCAGCGUGAGCUACGCCUCCUGCGACAUCCACGACGGGACGCUGCGCCUGCUCUUCCAAGAAGGUAACCUCGGCACCAACAUCAGCCAGACGACCAAGAUCGAGACGCUCGAAGCCGCCCUGUGCGCCGCCAACCCCGACGCCGCCGCGCUCUCCUACUCCGCCCGCCUCAACAUCGCCCAGGUCUGGGACGCCAAGCUGCCCGACCUCCAGAAGAAGAUCGCCGCGCAGCUCGCCAACGACAAGAUCGUGCUCGACCCCAACUUCGCCGCCGUCUACGCCACGCUCAAGGCCGCGCCGGGCGUCGCGAAGGAGCGCCCGGAUUGGGAGAAGUCGCUGGGGUACAUCAUGCACCAGUACUUCAGCGGGCUGCUGCAUACGCUGGAGUACCAGAAGUUUGAAAAGGACGACAUGCUGCAAGAAGGUUUUGCGGAGGCGGUGGAGAAGGGGGAGAUCAGGUUCCGGGUGGUGGAGAAGCUGGGGCGGACGUAUAAUGAGAGUGUGGUUGAGGACGGGGUGUUUUGGCUGCAGACGAAGCCGGACAUGUGGGGCACGAAUUGCGGGGAUGUGGCGAGCGAUGUUGUGAAUUUGUUGUAGGUCUGAUGCAUGAGCAGGAAACGUGAAGAACUCCCUUCUAUACUGUCUAACUUGAUCCCAGUUCCAUAGUUUAAUCUAGCCUCUUGGAUAUUAUAUACUGAAAAAGGGGCGUGGUUGAGCGAUGAAAUGCUGUAAAAUGCCGGGACCCACUCAGUAGAUUGACCCAGGACCAAAACGAUGGACUGGCUCUCGGUCAUGCUUCUCAACUGUAUGCAGAUCAUUAGCUUUUUCGGGAGUCUGAUUUAAAGGCUUGCGAGCUUCACAUCGGAAAAAGCACUUGAAAUCAGGUCUGUUAAGGCUCC